AUGGCGGUCGCCGGCAGCACCACAUCCUCUCUCACAUCAACAUCGCACACUCUCUCGCACGCCCCCGCCAUGGCCGCGCAAGCAGUUAUCCCACCCGAGAGCGGCGCCUCCGCCAUCACCGUCUUCCUCGAUUCGACCUUCCCUUCCAAUCGGCAUGCCUUCCUGCGCCCGUCCCCACUGCUGCCGACGGGAUCGCUCCAGCUCGUGAAGCAGACGUUGGAUGGGUUGGCCGGGCAGGUCGCGGACCAGCAGCAGCAGCGGCUGCGUGAGGCGGGCAAGAAACGGAAACGGGAUGGAUCGUCGCUGGGAGCUGCGUCGGUGUUGAAGAUCCGGAGGCUGCAUGUUGAUGGGUUUGAGACGGGACAGGUGUGGCAGCAGGCGAAGAAGAUUAUUGCUAGUGCGCUGCAGGAGUCGUCGCAGGUGUUGGAUGAGCUUGAGGAAAAUAAUGAAAUUGUGCUAGGGGAUGGGAAAGAGAGUGGGGGAGAUGCGAGCCUUGAGUUCGGCAAGGAUGGGUUUGAGGUUGGUUCAGACGAGGACGAGUCGGCCAGCGACGGCGAUACCGAGGACUCUGACGAGGAAGGUGUUAAUGUCGGCGAGGAAGACGAAGACAUGUUGGAUCUUGAGGCCGAUGAUGAUGAUGAUGAGGGAGAAGGGGACGGCGUGGAUGACGAGGAAGCGGUGGGAGGAGAGGAGGGCGAAUCGGACUACGAUGACGAACCUGAGGAAGAGCUUGUGGAAGAUCCCAACGGUCUUAAUGACGGCUUCUUCUCAAUAGACGACUUCAACAAGCAGACGCAAUGGUUCGAGAACCAAGACGCCCGCGCCGAUCCGAACACGGAUAAUUUUAGCGACGACGAGUCGGUUGACUGGCACGGCGACCCGUUCUCGGCGAAGAAGCCGAGCAAAAAGGGGAAGAAGGAUGAAGCGGAAGAUAAUUCUGAGGUAGAGAUGGAGGAUGACGAAGAGGAAGAUGAUGAUGAGGCACCGGCCCUCAGUAAAAAGGAGCUGGAAGCCGUGGCUGAUCAAGACGAUGAAGAAGACGAGGAUGGGGGCAACCUGGACGAUGACCUCAAUGACAUGGGUCUCGACCUCACCGCUAACGAUAUCUAUUACAAGGAUUUCUUUGCGCCGCCAAGGAAGAAGAAGAAUGCCGGGAAUUUCAGGAAGAAACGCCCGGACCUCCCUGAGCUGUCGCGGCCAGACGACGCCGACAUUGAACGGGCCGAGAACGACGUCCGCCGUGAUCUGUUCGAUGACCUAUCGGAGAGGUCAGACUCUGAGGAUGCUCUAUCCGAUGUUUCGGCGGGUGAUCCAAGGUCUCGCCGCUCAGCUCACGAGCGGCGGCAAGCCAAGGUGGCCCAGGAAAUCCGUACACUUGAGGCCGAACUGGUUGCAAAGCGCGCUUGGACUCUGUCUGGUGAAGCCUCCGCCGUCGACCGGCCCGUCAACUCGCUAUUGGAAGAGGAUAUGGACUUUGAACACAUCGGCAAGCCAGUCCCCAUCAUCACCGAGGACGUCUCGGAAUCCAUCGAGGAGCUCAUCAAGCGUCGCAUUCUUGCCCAAGAGUUCGAUGAGGUGUUGCGCCGGCGCCCAGACACCCUUGGCAACCCGAACGACGCCCGGCGCGGGCUGGUCGAGGUGGAUGAUACCAAGGGCAAACAAAGCCUGGCUGAGAUCUAUGAAGAGGAACACACAAAGAAAGCCAACCCCGAUGCCUACGUCAGUCAAGCCGAUGAGAAACUGAGCCGCGACGAGGAAGAGAUCAAGAAUAUGUGGAAGGAGGUCAGCGCCAAGCUCGACGCGCUCAGUAGCUGGCACUACAAGCCCAAGCCCGCAGCACCGACGCUCACUGUUGUUGCUGAUGUUGCGACUGUUGCGAUGGAAGACGCGCAACCUACCACAGCCCAGGGCGUGGCUGGCGGGGGGAGCAUGAUCGCGCCCCAAGAGGUUUAUGCCCCCGGCAAGGACACGGCCGAGAAGGGCGAGGUGGUGUCCAAGAGCGGGCUCCCGCAGGCCAGGCAGGAGAUGAGCCGCGAAGAAAAGCUACGCCGACGCCGCCGUGACAAGGAGCGUAUCCGCAAAGCGGGCGGGCUCGACGCCAACAAGCCAGUUAGCAAGAAGGCCCAGGCUCAGAAGGAGGCUAUGAGUGAUCUCAAGAAGGGUGGUGUCAAGGUGAUUAACCGCAAGGGUGAGGUUGUUGGGUUGGAUGGGAAGAAGGUUGUUGAGCAGAAGGGGCCGCAGAGUAGCGGGGCGUUCAAAUUGUGA